AUGUACAGCGCAGCCAAAAUAGUUAUCUGCUUAUCAGCCUUGGUUCAGACCUUGGAGCUCUCUGUGUAUGAAAGGGAUGUGAAUCUUGUUUUCGUCCCACUCGUUGCGUCAGGAAACAAUCUAGUGGCAGAAACAAUACUCACUAGCUCUUCAGUUGUUGAACAAACCAGUACCAGCGCAGUUUCAGCAACUACUACAACUUAUACAGAAGCGCCAACUUCAUCUGCAAAAAACCCGUCCCCUUCUGUAUCCGCAGAACAAUAUCACAAUCCCGGUUCCGAAGGUAUCACAUAUUCACCAUAUACUGAUUCUGGAAGUUGCAAAUCCGAAUCGGAGAUUCAGUCAGAUAUGGCCAAAUUGUCGGGAUUUGGGUUGAUUCGGAUCUAUGAUACAGACUGCAAUAUUCUUCCCGCAAUGUUGCCUUCACUACAACCGUCUCAAAAGGUACUUUUGGGCAUUUAUAACAUUGAUGAUAUAUCCACAGGUGUAUCCAGAAUUUCCGAGACUUGUAACGGAGAUUUCUCAAAGAUUUACGCUGUCUCCAUUGGCAAUGAACUUAUAAAUUCUGGACUAAAAACCGUAUCCCAAAUCGGUUCUGCUUUAAAUACUGCUCGAACCGAAUUGAAUAAAAUUGGUUAUAAUGGACCGCUAGUCAGCGUAGACACUCUUGUAGCAGUUGAAAACAAUUUGGAAUUAUGCGAACUUUCUGAUUUUUUAGCUGUCAAUUCACAUGCAUUUUGGGAUGGAAAUGUGGAGCCGAGUAAUUGUGGGCCAUGGUUGAAAAACCAAAUCUCCAGCCUGCAGAACAAAUGCGGUUCGACCAAGGAAGUGCUUAUAACUGAAACAGGAUGGCCCACGGAGGGCCUUAACUUUCAGUCAUGUACACCUUCCGUGCCCAAUCAAGCUGCCUGUAUACAGUCAAUUGUGGAAACCUUGGGAUCACAAGUGAUUUUGUUUACCUUGUAUAACGACUAUUGGAAACAACCGGGCCCAUAUAAAGUUGAACAAUACUGGGGAAUUUUCGGUGACGACAAAACAUAA